AGCUACGUAAAGGUAAAUGCUUUCUUGAAAAAGCAAUCGGUAGGGCACAUUCCAAAAACAUCGAAAACCUUUACAUCAACUGAAGUGAAUACGUUUUUAAGAGAUGCCCCAGAUGACAUCUAUUUGAUGUUAAAGGUUGUUCUAAUAAUUGGAAUCAGCGGAGCUUGUAGAACGGAUGAACUGACCAAUUUGUGCACAAAUAACAUCCAAGACAAGGAUGACGUUCUCAUUGUGCACAUUCAUAACACCAAAAACUAUAAAGAGAGAACCUUUAUAGUUUGCAACUCCAAUAAAACGAACGCAACAGACGUGGUAGCAAUCUGUAAAAAAUAUUUUAGUUUACGACCGACAAAUUUGAAUACAAACCGACUGUUUAUUAAAUAUAAUGCUGGGAAAUGUGUUGGGCAAAACGUUGGUCAUCACACAAUUGGUUCCAUUCCUUCGAAGAUUGCUUCUUUUUUAAAUUUGCCUGAUGUAAAGGAAUACACAGGUCACUGCUUCCGGCGGACAUCGACUACACUCCUUGUGGACUCAGGUGCGGAUAUACUGACCUUAAAAAGACAUGGUGGAUGGAAAAGCAGUUGUGUGGCGGAGGGAUACCUUGAGGAUUCCAUCCAAACCAAAAUUUCAGUUGCGAAAAAGAUCUUAAGUACAACUGAAAAUUAUGAAGAACCCAACAGUAAUCCUCGAGCAGGGGCUACACUUACAACAAAUGAGCAAGAAGUGACAAGUCGAUGCUCCUCUCUAGGUGCUUCUACUUCCACUUCAACCUUUUCUGAACAAAUACAAAUGUCAGAUUUAUCUAAACAAGGCAUCUCAUUUUCUAAUUGUACACUCAAUAAUCCGGUGUUUAACAUUACAAUUUCAAACAAGUAACACCAAACGUGUAUAUAAAAU